CAUGAAGUCAAUACGUGCGGGACUUGAUACAUGAACGAUAAGCGCUGGCACUGCUCACUUCCUACAUCGGUCGUCCAGGUCAAAUUCAGUCGGGCGUUCUGCGGUCUCAAAGGUUGCAAAUAAUACACUAUGGCUGCUACGAUGACCCAGACUGUGACCAGCUCGGGUUGGCCUCUCCGUAGACCGGCACAUCCGUUUUAUUCAUUCUCAACUCCGAUAGCCUCUUCUGUCAAAGUCUAUCACCUAGCUGAUCAAACCCGAUCACCACUAUUUACUUUACCCGCAGAGCUACGCAAUAAGAUAUACUUUUAUCUGCUCACGACCACCCACCAGCGUCUCGAAGACGAUCGACGGGAGCGCGCUCGCGGUUGGCGAUCCUCAUAUGUCCUCCCUGGCCUUGAUAUUCAUCCAAACAUACUUGCGACAUGCAAACAAGCCCGUGACGAGGCCACCGACAUCUUAUACACGAAUCACGUCUUUGGAGCGCACCAAUCUCUCCUCACACAAUGCCCCUACCUCCUCGAUCCGUCCCGGCCCAUAUACCAAAAGGCAGCAGCUGAUAAGAUUGGUCGAUGGUGGAUUUGCCUUCGUUUGGACAUAGAGCCGCGCUUCGACGAGGAAAAGGUAACAAAAGCAUUUACAGGUAUGGAUGAAUUAUGCAUCGAGGUCUGGGAGGCUCAGUAUGCUAGCUGUGACUACACAGUUCUGAAACUGUUCGCGAAUGUCAGAGCUGUUAAGAAGGCUUAUGUAACGGGGAGUGUCGAGAGGAAGUUUGCACGAUGGUUGGAACGCGCAAUGAUGAGCCCCGUUGGCAGGAACGUGCCUGCUUACUGGGACGACUCUAACUUGCUGAAAAUAGGGUAUGACACUUAUGACGAAUGGACGCAUGGUGGAAGAUGAUAUUAUACGUGUCGAAUGAUUAAGCGGUUUAUUGAUAACUAUUUUUGGACGUCGUACAGCAUCGAUCGCAUGUAAUUUUUUCCACGAUGUAGGCCGUCAGUUUCACUAAAGUUGAGUCAUAGUCCACUCAAGGUCAAUUGGUUGGAGCUGUUGGCGAUUGGUGUAGAAGAGAAC